AUGGAGGCACCGGAUGCCCCUCGGCCCUCCUCGACUUCCGACUCGUUGGUGACUGGUCCUGACCUCCCCGCUCGCCUCACGGACGCCACACCUGGCACUACCGCCAACGCUGCCCUUUUUGCACUCGCUCGCUUUGAGUUUGAGACAGGCAAAGGCAAUGAAGGCACUAAGAUUCUCAUGGUUGAAUGGGAUCCUUCGGCCUCUCCAUCCGUUCUUACCCUACCAUCGGCAACAUCCAAGGCCUGGGAAGUAUCCUGGGAGGGAAAGACAAACUACCUCCCUGCUAGCGACGAGGUUACUGGAACAAAUAAACGCGUGUACUUUUUGCUUCCUCCUGGUGCCACCGUUCCGCCAGUCGUUACAAUUUCCCACCCAGACGGCACCAGGCUCACUACGAAGCCACUGCCUGCCAUUUUCCCACCCGGCUUGGCCGCUGGCAACCCGGACGUCGGGAUGCGAGGCAUCCUCCAUACAAUUUGGGCCAAAAAGAGGCUUUCCGGGCUCCAGGAAGAGGUCGAAAUCGAGAUGAAGACCAACACCGAAAGUGUUGGCCUGGAAAUGGCGCUCCAAGAAAGACAAUGGAUAACCUGUCACUUCGGCGUUGCUCUUAAGCCGGACGUUGUUCAGCACGCAACAAUGUUCGCAUCUCGCACUCCGCCUAGCCCGGUUUCUUCCAAAGCGCCAGUUGCCGGCAGGCUCGGGGAGAAGAUUAAAGUGUUGAAACUAGCCACGUCCGCCGCUGACUUGGUUGCUGGCUCGGCUGGUACAGACACUGAUCCGAUGUCCGCAGACGAAAGUGCGCAUGUGCAUACAACAUCCUUCUCUCCAACAUCCAGUGAUAUCGCAGUCUCGUCCUUCUCGAGCUUUAUCCGACCGACGACGCCUGGUAACCCAGCUGUAGAAGGUUCGGUCUCAUUGGACGCUGUUUCGAGCAAAAGUGCCUUCUCCUCGAAGCAACAAGACCAAGACCAGGAGGAAGGCCUCUUUGCGCUUUCCAUGAGCCCCCGGAGCCCCGAGAUGAAACGAAGCCCUUUUAGCCUUGCCUGA